ACCGAUGCUUGGAGGCAGAUUCCUAGAGAGGAAGGAAGUUGGCGGGAGGAGGCUCUUGGUCCUCCAGAGCGAACCCCCCCCCCUCCCGCCUGGCUGCUCCCUCCUUGGAGACUGGUGCGCAGGGAAGAAGCUAAAGAGUUGUUUGCUGCUGCGCAUUGCUUCGAGCAGGGAUAAAGUUUUCCCAGCGCAGUGGAAAGAGUUUCCCUUGGUGUUUCCAUCUUCAGGGCGGGGGGUGUCUGGGCUUGGCUUCCUCCCCAUCACCACCACAUGCGUGGCCAAUCUUUGCUGUGAGACAGACUAUAGCAGAAGCGACCCUUCAGCCAUGUUGGAGCAGGAGCCAAAGUUGCAGGAGCAGGGAGCAACGGGCCCUGAAGCAGGAAGGAGCACCGACACCGUCGGAUGUGGGCGCAGCGGGGAAUUCUGGGACGGAAAUGUGCGGAAGGUCAUAAUCAAGGAGGAGACCCUCUGCUCAGAUGUGCCGUGCCAGCACUUCAGGGGGUUCUGCUACCAGGAGGCUGAGGGACCGCGGGAAGCCUGCAGCCAACUCCACCAUCUUUGCCGCGAGUGGCUGAAGCCAGAGAGACACACCAAGGCUCAGAUCCUGGACUUGGUGGUCCUGGAGCAGUUCCUGGCUGUCCUCCCCCGGAGAUGGAGAACUGGGUGAGGAGAUGCAGAGCGGAGACCAGUUCCCAGGC